GUUACCAUAAAAAAUUUAAGAUUAUUGUUUAAUAUUCAGGAGCAACGGGCGGAUUGUAAAAUAUUCAAAGACAGAGAUUCCUCGAAGAUUCAACGGCAGAUUAGAGGGAAAAAUAGGAUUAUCAAAAAUCGUUUAAGGAUCCAACAAUCGAGGAAUCGCUACAAUGGCUGAAAGACCGUCGGUGGCUGACAGUGAAAAAGUGGUAAAAAUCGCGCCCGAUGAGACGCAAGAGGUCAACGCCAUUUUGUCAGAGGAGACGCCGGUUGUCACGGAAGACGAAAGCGAAAGUAGAAGUCGGACCAAGAAAAACAUCGUCGCCGUGCCGGAACAAAACGAGAUGGAGAAAAACGGGAAGAAGUAUCGCCGUGAUAGGAACAAACGAUGGAGGCUCGAAUUGAAUUGAUUAACGUUUCACACGGAAUUUAUUCAGUGGCUAUUUUAUACAUAGUCACGUUGAGUGCUGCUGCUCAUCUCAACAAAUCAUCAGUGGCUGAUUUUCUGUCAAAAUGUCCCAAGAAUAAUCCAAGGAACAAAACAGUUCUUAUACUCCAUAAAAGUGACUGUACAAAAUUCUACAAUUGUUAUAUGGGAAAGAAAGAAGAUCCAGUAAAGUGUCCUAUCAUGGAUAAGAAUGGCAACAGAUUACAUUUCAAUCCUAAACUUCAAAUAUGUGAUUGGCCCUGGCAAGCAGGAUGUCAGAUAUUGUCAUCGACCCCAACAUUCAACGCCAACAACCCCGUCACCAAGUAUUACGACGCCAACCACACCGAUACCGACUACUCCAAAGCCACCAACCCCGUCACCAAAUACCCCAACAACUCCCUCAUUGAAUUUUUGUGUUUUAGAUGGCAAAAUACAUUUGCUUCUCCAUAAGACUAUGUGCGAUCAUUACUAUUUAUGUUCUAAUGGUAUAGUAAAUUCCAUCCCUCAAACAUCCCACACAGAAUAAAAUAUCUAAUAGAUAUCUAAUAAAUAUCUACAUAUCUAUAUGAUGUUCAUAUCUAUUGUGGAUAACUAGCAGACAUCUAAUAGAUGUCUUAAAUAUCUAUAUCUUCUGAAUAACUAGCAGGGAUAUCUAAUGGAUAUGCACACAUUAUCUACAUAUCUAUGUCCACCAAACAGCUAUCCAUUAGAUAUCCAUGCGCUGUCCACAUAUCCACGUCCACCAAAUAGCUACCAAGGAUAUCUAUUAGAUAUCCACGCGUUGUCCACAUAUCCACUAAACAGCUACUAAAGAUAUCCAUUAGAUAUUCGGUCGCCAGCCGAGUAGUGCGUGGCGUCGCCGAUAGAGCGGCGUGCAACUCGGAAGUAAGAUGCAACAACCACGCUAUAUAAGGAUUACUCGCAGUGCAAGAAACAAGUCUAAAAUUAGACUUCCCCAGCGACGAGGGUGUUUCUGUGGUAACUACAGGACCUCUCAGAGCAUGCUCGACGGGCCUUCACCCACUUUUGAUGAUUUUUAUGACAUCCUCCCACACACAACGUAAUAUGUAUUACAUAUCUAAUGAAUAUCCUUGAUAGAUAUUAGGGAUAUCCAUGAAUAUAUAGAAAAUAUCCAUUAGACAUAAUAUAAAUAUCCAAAUGUCCGCAAUAUAAGAUCUAGUAAAUAUCCAUGGGAUAUAUAGAUCAAUAUCCAAUCGACAUCCAUAACAGUAUCUUUAUGUGGAUAUUUAUGUAGAUAUCCACUGGAUAUUCUAUAGAUGUCGACUGGAUAUUGAUCUACAUAUCCUAUGGAUAUUUAUUAGAUUGCAUAUUGCGGACAUCUGGAUAUUUAUAGCAUGUCUAAUGGAUAUUUCCUAUAUAUUCAUGGAUAUCCCUAAUAUCUGUCAAAGAUAUCCAUUAGAUAUGUAAUACAUAUUAUGUUCUGUGUGAGAUGCAAUCGCAAUUUAUUAUUCAAUCCAGUUCUUGGUGUAUGCGAUUAUACGGAAAAUGUAAAAUGCAAUGCUCUCAUUCCACGAACUACGGAAAUCAUGUUAUCAACUAUCUGCUCACUAAUUACGACGUCGCCAAAUCCGCCAUUGACUUCAACAUCGUUUUCUCCAAAAAAAAAAAAAAA